AUGCGUUUCAAUCAUCUCCUCGUCAUUGGUAUCGUCUCUGCCACGGAUGAUCCGUGUUCUCAGAUGUGCGACUAUAUCAACGGCUGUAAUGAUUCCAAGUUCGGAUCGUACUGUAAGUCAUGGCUGAAUAGCCCCGUCUGCUUUGGUCUGUCGAAAAAGACCGAUGGUUCUAUUUGUUUCGAGCCGGCCGACCCUGACUGUCACGGCGAACCUAUCGCCUGCGAUACAGUGAAUACUCCGGUAGCCACUACUGCUGCUGCUGCUCGUCCAAGUACUACCACUGAAGCCAUUGGUUCGAGUAAUACCAAGGGUAUCGGCUUAAAUAGUACCACUGAGGCCGUUAGUUCUUCCACUGGCACUACCACUAAUACCGUCGAUUUCUCCACUGCCACCAUCACUGAGGCCAACAGCUCUCCUAGUACGACCACCGAGGCUGGUUCCAGUGCGACUAGCGAGAACAGUUCUUCCAGUGCAACUACUACGACCGAUUCUUUGAGCACUACUACUGUCGAAGCUGGCGGUUUCUCCAGUACCGUCGCCGGUUCUACUACAGGAGCCCUCG